AUGGAUUUCUCGGACGAGUCAAUGUUCAGCGCGCAGGAGGAGUCGGAUGCCUUUUCUCCCGAACCUAAGCCCAAGGCAGCCAAGGCUCCGGCGAAGAAGGCCCCGGCGGCCAAGAAGCCUGCAGCCAAAAAGUUGACCCAGACGACCCUCAAGACGGCCGCAGCACCGAAGAAACGCCCAGUGUCAUUCAGCGAUGAUGAAGCCUCCGGGCUCUCCAACACCCCUCCCAGCUCGAAGAAGUUGAAGAAGGCCCCGGCUGCCAGCAAGUCGAGCGGCAACCCGCUUGCCGAGAUUGAAAACGACAGCAUGGCGCUCGAUGAGCCCAGCGCCCCCGCGCCUGCGGUCAAGGGCACAAAGAAGACGGUAGAAGAAACGUACCAGAAGCUCACGCAACUCGAGCACAUCGUCAAGCGUCCCGAUACCUACAUCGGCUCCGUUGAGCGUACCGAAAUGCCCAUGUGGGUCUACAACAAGGAAACCCAGUUGAUGGAAUUCCGGAAGGUCACCACGGUUCCCGGCCUUUACAAAAUCUUUGACGAAAUUCUCGUCAACGCUGCGGAUAUCAAAGUCCGUCGCGAGGAAAGCGGCGAAGAACCUGUCACACACAUCAAGGUGAACAUUGACCGCGAAGCCGGUCAAAUCAGCAUCGAAAACAACGGCAAGGGUAUUCCUGUCGAGAUGCAUAAGCAACAUGGUAUCUAUACCUGGACCGACAACAUGAGUAAGAUGGGAAAGGCCAAGAUUACCUCGAGCAAGUCCAGCGACUUUGUGCGCAUCACCUUCAAGCCCGACUUCAAACGGUUCAGCAUGGAGGGCAUCGACGAUGACCUCGAGGCCUUGUUGUACCGCCGAGUCUACGACAUGGCUGGCACGAUCAAGGGCAUCAAAGUCCACCUCAACGGCACCGUGGUCAAGCCGUCGGCGUUCAAGGGCUACAGCGAGAUGUACGCCAAGGCUAUCGCCAAAGAACGAGCCUCUGAGGAGGGAGGUGAGCCCAAGGUCACCGUGGAAAUGGACAAGAAUGACAACCCCCGAUGGGAUGUUGGAUUCACCGUGUCGGACGGCUCUUUCCAGCACAUUUCAUUCGUGAACAACAUUGCCACUACGUCCGGUGGCACACAUGUCAACUACGUCGCUGACCAGAUUGUCCAAUAUCUCACGAAGUACCUCGACAAGAAGAAGAAGGGCCACGCCCUGAAGCCGCAACAUAUUCGCAACCACAUUUUCGUCUUCAUCAACUGCCGCAUCGAAAACCCCUCGUUCAACUCUCAGACCAAGGAGCAAAUGACUACCAAGAUCAGCAGCUUUGGUAGCAAGUGUGUCUUGUCAGAAGCGUUCCUAAAGAAAGUUGCCGCCUCCGAUGCCAUUCAGAACAUCAUGAGCUUUGCCGAGAAGAAGGCGGACAAGAUGAUGGCCAAGAGCGAUGGCAACAGGCGAUCGCGCAUCAACAAUGCCAAACUCGUCGACGCGAAUUUGGCGGGCACCAAGCGCGGACAUGAGUGCACCUUGAUCUUGACGGAGGGUGACUCUGCCAAGAGUCUGGCUGUUGCGGGUCGCGCUAUUCUCGACCCUGACCGCAUCGGUGUGUUUCCCCUUCGUGGUAAGAUGUUGAACGUCCGCGAUGCAUCCAUUGAACAGAUCACGAAGAACCAAGAAAUCCAGAACAUCAAGCAAUUCUUGGGACUGAAACACAAGCAAAACUACACAGAUACGAAGGGUCUGCGUUAUGGUCAUCUCAUGAUCAUGGCCGAUCAGGACCACGACGGCAGUCAUAUCAAGGGCCUUCUCAUCAACUUCCUACAGGUCCAAUACCCUUCCCUCCUCCAGAUCCCCGACUUUUUCCGGGAGUUCAUUACGCCGAUUGUCAAAGUCUGGCAAGGCAAGAACCCCAAGAACCCCCAGAAGCUCCAGGCGUUCUUCACUCAGCCUCAAUAUGAGGAGUGGAAAGAGGCGCACAAGAAUGAGAUCAGCCGCUGGGAGUACAAGUACUACAAGGGUCUGGGCACCAGUUCCAACGAAGAUGCCCAGGUCUACUUUACCAAUCUCGACGAUCAUCUCAAGGAGUUUGACACAAUGCAGUCCUCCGAGGCGGAUCUGUUCGAUCUCGCCUUCUCCAAGAAGAAGGCAGAUGCUCGUAAGGAGUGGCUUGGCAACUUUGUUCCGGGAACGUAUCUCGAUCACUCGACCAAGUCGAUCACGUACGAUGAUUUCGUCAAUAGAGAGUUGAUCCUCUUCAGCAUGGCUGACAAUAUGCGUUCCAUCCCGUCAGUUCUUGACGGUCUGAAACCUGGUCAGCGAAAGGUUAUGUUCGCUUGCUUCAAGAGGAACCUCACCAAGGACCAGAAGGUCGUGGAAUUGGCCGGUUAUGUUUCCGAGAAGGCCGCGUACCACCACGGUGAAAUGUCUCUUCAACAGACGAUCAUUGGCCUCGCUCAGAACUUUGUCGGUUCAAACAAUGUCAACUGCCUCGAGCCCAGUGGUAACUUCGGUUCUCGUCUUGCCGGUGGAUCAGACGCUGCCAGCCCCCGUUAUAUCCACACGCGCUUGUCUCCAUUCGCCCGGAAGAUCUUUUCUGUUCUUGACGAGCCCAACUUGGAAGUUCAAAUGGAGGACGGAAAGCCGAUCGAACCCAAGGUCUAUGCCCCGAUUAUUCCCAUGGUUCUGUGCAACGGCGCCGAUGGCAUUGGUACAGGUUGGAGCACUUCGAUUCCCAAUUAUCACCCAAUGGAGAUUGUCAGGGCCAUCAAAAGACGCAUGGGUCGCCUUGAUUCUGACGACACCGAAGGCAAACCCUUUGAGACGAUGAUGCCCUGGUUCCGUGGUUGGAAGGGUACCCCGGAACCCGCCGAGAAGGACCGUUACAAGUUCAACGGCAUUUACGAAACCGACGACAAGACAGGUGAAAUUAUCAUCAAGGAGCUCCCCAUCCGAAUGUGGACCGAUGAUUUCAAGGCGAAGUUGGAAGAAGUGAUCAGCGGCGCCAAGGGCCCGGCCUGGAUUAAGGACUACAAGGAGUUCAACGAUCAUAAAAAUGUCAAUUUUGUCAUUCAGCUUGAUGAAAAACACUACAAGGACAUCCACAAGACCCACGAAGGUAUCAUGGACAGGUUCAAGUUGAACAAGCAGGUUGCGACGUCGAACCUGGUGGCAUUUGACAGCACCGGCCGCAUUCGCAAGUACGAGAAGGUCGAGGAUAUUCUGGAAGAGUUCUACGUCUACCGCCUUGAUAUGUACAGCGCACGCAAGAAGCACUGGCUUGGGGUCUACCACUCAGACUACCGUAAGCUGAAGAACCAGGCGCGCUUCAUCCAGGAGAUCAUCGACGGUGAGUUGAUCGUCUCCAAGAAGCGGAAGCCAGUUCUCGUGCAAGAACUGCGCGACCGCAAGUACGAAGCGUUCCCCAAGAACGACGGCAAGAAGCAGGCGACGACGGAAGAAGAGGACAUGGAUGCGUCCGACAAUGAGGAUGACAGCGUUGGCGGCGCUGCCGACUACGAUUAUCUACUUUCGCUGCCUAUCUGGUCCUUGACACUCGAGCGCUUGGAAAGGCUGAACUCUGCGAUCAUGAAGAAGAAGGGCGAGCACGACGCUCUUCUGGCCCAGAGCGAAAAAGACCUUUGGUGCCAAGAUCUUGAUGAGUUUACCGAAGAGUGGGAGGCACAGCUUGAGAUGGAUGACAAGAUCCAGUCCAAGAUUAACCGUAUGGGCCGCCGACGAUCGAGGAAGAUCGGUGCUGGCGGAGGCAAGGUCAGCCGCAACAAGGCUGACGAUGACUUCGAGCCUGAGAGGAAGAGGGCAGCUCCGAAAGCGAAGGCGGCCGCGAAACCGGUACCUGCUGCCAAGAGGUUCCAGGAACAGUUUGACCGGAAACUCGAAAUCGCAAAGGCCGAGUCGCCAGUCGACGCCUUCUCUGACGAUGACUUUGCGAUCCUUGCCAAGCCCAAGGCUGCGCCAAAGACUGCACCCAAGGCGAAGGAGCCCGUACUCAAGGCCGAGGAGUCAGACGAUGACACCGCUACGGCCGCUCUUGCACGCAAGAGCAGCGUGCCGGCCUCGAGGCCAAAGCCGAAGGCAAAGGAGACUCUGCCCAAAUUCGCCGACUCCAGCGACUUCUCUGACGGCGACCUGACCAGCAUGAGUGCGAAGAAAAAGAAACCCGCUGCGUCUGUCGAGCCUGAAGCCGAGCCGGUCAUGGGUGGGCGCACGAAGCGAGCAGCGGCUGCCAAGGCCCGACCUGUCUUCGACCUGUCAGAGUCGGAUGCUAGCGACAACGACUUUGGCGAUGUCGGUGACAUUGGCCAAAUGGUUCACGGGUACAAGUCGACGACAACAGAUCCUUCCAAGGAGCUGAAGAAUGGUAGACUCAGCUUGCACGGCAUGAACCGCCCCGAGUCCAGCCAUGGCGCACGUGAGGCAGCCCUUCCAAAGCUCAAGUCGAAGCCUUCAAGGCACAUUCUGGACGAUGACAGCCACGACGAGACGAACUAUGAGGCUCUCGCGGUGCGGUCGUCGCCCCACAAGCCUGUGGCCAGCAAGGACGAUGAUCUGGAGGAGUUCCUCAGUGAUGACUCGGUGCCCGCUCGUAAGCCUUCCAAGGCAUCCUCGUCGUCGCGGGAACCCGUGCCUCCACCGGCUCUUGAGGUUAAGAAGGCCCGUGGACGCCCCGCGGGAACGAAGAACAAGCAGAAGGAUGACGCUGCGACAGCAAAGGCUCCUGCCGCCAAGGCCAAGGCCAAGGCAGCUCCCAAAACAGCUCCCAAAGCAGCCCCCAAAGCCGCCGCGAAGCCCCUGCCUCUCUCACCUGCUGCCAAGGCAUACUCGGCCAGCAAGGAAGCGAAGAAGCCCGCGAAGAAGACCGUCUUCAGCGACGACGACGACGAUAGCGACGAUAUGAUGGUUGACGCUGAUGACGCCGAGCCUUCUUCGCCGCCCCCACGUCCCGCGGCUAGAGGCCGUCCGGGUCGUGCGGCUGCCAAGAAGAAGCCCACCUACAUCAUCGACGACGAUGAAGAGAGCUCCGUGGCCAUGGACGAGCCGCAGGAUGAUGGCUUUAGCGAUAGCGACUAA